UCCGAAAUCCAGUCCAACAUCCAGUCCAACAUCCAGUCCAACAUCCAGUCCAAUAUUCAGUCCAACAUCCAGUCCAACAUCCAGUCCAACAUCCAGUCCAACAUCCAGUCCAAUAUUCAGUCCAACAUCCAGUCAACAUCCAGUCCAACAUCCAGUCCACCAUCCAGUCCAACAUCCAGUCCAACAUCCAGUCUAACAUCCAGUCCAACAUCCAGUCCAAUAUCCAGUCCAACAUCCAGUCCAACAUCCAGAAGAUCAAGCAUCCAAAAAGUCCAACAUCCAGAAGAUCCAACAUCCAAAAAGUCCAACAUCCAGUCCACCAUCCAGUCCAACAUCCAGAAGAUCCAACAUCCAAAAAGUCCAACAUCCAGAAGAUCCAUUAUCCAAAAAGUCCAACAUUCAGUCCAACAUCCAGAAGAUGCAACAUCCAAAAAGUCCAACAUCCAGUCCACCAUCCAGUCCAACAUCCAGUCCACCAUCCAGUCAACAUCCAGUUCAACAUCUCCAGCCCGUCGCUAUGUCGUGGGAGUUACAUUAAGCGUUAUCAGGCGUGCUCUGUAG